CUUCACCUGCUUUUGGCCUACUUACUCCCCACUCCCACCCCCAGGGAAGCAUCCAUCCACCAUGAAGAGCUACAUCAAUCUGGCCAUUUUGGCCGUCCUGGUGGCCUCCCUCUAUAAGCCGGUGAUGCACGACCUCACUGUCCUGGGCGUGUUCCGCUCGGCCACCGGGGCAGUGAGCCACCAAGGAGCCCCCGUCCAUCCCAUCGCAGACACCAUUCACUGCGAGGAUCUGCAUUACUACCAUCCUGCUGGCCAGCUCUUCACGGCCUGUGAGGAUUCGGUCCUACCCCGGUUCCAAUGGUUCCCUCCUUUGGUGACCUUCGAGGGGCCCGCGGACACGACAGGCUCAAUCCAUGUCAUUGACCCCAAGACCAUGAGAUCCUCCCGUCUCACGUUUGAGAACUUCUCCGGACCGUUCAUCACCCACGGCAUCGAUAUCACCGAAGAUCCGGAACGGACUGAUGCUGUGUACAUUUUUGCCGUGAACCAUUUGGCCAACCCCGAGUAUCACGGUGGAGAUGUGCCCAAGGCGCGCUCGCAGGUCGAGCUGUUCCACCAUAUUCUCAACUCAGGCACCAUCCGCCAUGUGCGCUCCGUCCUCCAUCCCCUCGUGGCCACCCCGAAUGAUAUCUAUGCCGUGAGCCCGCAUUCGUUCUAUGUCAGCAACGACCAUCUGUACCGCGAGGGCUACAAACGCGUCGUGGAGAACCUGCUCCCUGCUGCCAAAUGGUCGACCGUCAUCCACAUCCAGCUCGACAGUCUCGCGCCGUUCCCAGCCGAAUCCGGGAUCGAUGCCACGGUAGCAGUCGAGGGACUCUGGAAUAACAACGGUUUAGGACACGGUCCGACGCAGGAAGAGGUGCUCCUCACCAGCGCCAUGGGCGGCUACCUUUGGCGGAUGCGGCCUCACGGCAACCGCACGCUAUCCGUGGUGGACGAGUUUGCCUUUGACAGCACGAUCGACAACCCCAGCUACUAUCAGGAUCCGUACCGGACAGCCGAGGACGAUGCGAGCGGCUAUGUGCUGGGGGGAUUGCUGCGCGCGGUGGACCUGGACAAGACGCGCACCCAGCCCGAGGCCACGGACGGGGUGAUGAUAUGGUAUAUGCGUCGCCGGCCGGGGACCGCCGAGUGGGAGAAGCGUCUAAUCUUUGAAGAUGACGGAUCGCGCAUCCGAAGCGCCAGCACGGCGCUGCUGGUUCCGAAGAUGCCCACGGUGGCGGGCGAGAAGAAGGCGUGGCUGUUUGUGACGGGGUUUAUGUCAGAGAGCAUGAUCGCCGUGGAGGUGACCUUGUAACCUUUUCUCUCUGUUAUAUCAGAGGUACUAUAGCAUAUUCCGAAUGUGACGGAAGCAGUAGUU